AUGAAAGCUUUCAUCGCAGUAGUCGCUGUUUGUUUGCUGUCCUCAGCAACCGUCUCCAAGGCUGGAUACCUUGGAGGCGGCGGCUACGGUGGAGGUGACGAGCACUCGUACGGGGGAGGCAGCGACGGCGGUGGCGAGCACGGGGGCCACGUGGUCUCGCAAACUGUGGAGAUCACGAAACCGGUGGCGGUGCCGGUGUACCAGCACGUGGGUGUACCAAUUCCUCACUCCGUGCCUGUGCCGGUACCGAAGCCGGUCGCCGUACCCGUGCCCCAGCCGUACCCCGUCCACAUCCAUGUGCCACAGCCCGUCGCCGUACCCGUCAUCAAGACCAUCACCAUUCCCGUUGAGAAGCCGGUGCCUUACAUCGUAGAGAAGUCCGUUCCAUAUCCAGUCGAGAAACCAGUUCCCGUUCACGUUGAGAAGCACGUCCAGAUCCCAGUCCCGAAACCAAUUCCCGUCCAGGUACCAGUCUACAAGAUCAUCUACCAUCACAGCAAGCACUAAAAACCCCACUAGUCGUUGGGGCGAAUGGUGACGCGCCACCCAAAAAACAAAAACCAAAUCAUCCAUCACACUCAU